GCUCGCUCUCUCCCCCCCCCCCCUCUCUCGCACGGAGCUGCAGCAGCAGCAGACCCGUGCAGGCAAACGCACCAGCACAGACUCGCGGUGACACUCAGACUCAGACAGUGACUCCUCGUCCCGCCGCCUCUGCCUCCAGCCUUUUGCCUCCACAGUUUCACCAGCUACUCGUGGGACCAGCACCGCUCUCCUCCGUCCAGGAUGGAUGUACUGAUGAAGGGAUUCUCCACGGUCAAGGAAGGUGUUGUGGCUGCCGCGGAGAAGACCAAGGCGGGAGUGGAGGAGGCAGCUGCCAAGACCAAAGAGGGGGUCCUCUACGUAGGAUCGAAGACAAAGGAAGGAGUGGUAUCAAGUGUAAAUUCAAUGGCUAACAGGGCCAAUGAGCAGGCUAACAUAGUGGGAGACACGGCGGCCGCAGGAGUCAAUGACGUAUCCCAGAAAACAAUGGAGGGAGUGGAGAAUGUGGCAGCGUCCACUGGCAUGGUUAACCCGGAUGAAGCUGUUUAUGAGAGUGACUUUUCUCAAGGAGGGGGUGCCAUGGAGCAGGGGGGUGAUGAGGGAUACUAAUCCUAUGGCUGAGGACAAGCUACACCAGCCCCGUCUCUCAGCACCACUGUCCACCACUGAGACACAAACUCUUACCAACAUUUUUUUGUGACCGAGAAUCAGAGAGACCCUCCCAGCCCCGUAGAUCCUUAACCCUGCCCACUCCUUCAUCCAGUGUUAGUAUCUCACGCACCGUGUUGUCGUUGCUCACACACUUUGA